AUGAUCUUCGCAGCCCGCCAACUUCAGGAGAAGUGUCAGGAGAUGCGGACCCACCUGUACUCUACCUUCGUGGACCUGACGAAAGCCUUCGACACGGUGAAUCGGGAAGGACUGUGGAAGAUCAUGCAGAAAUUCGGCUGUCCGGAGCGGUUCACUCAGAUGGUGCGUCAGCUGCACGACGGUAUGAUGGCGCGAGUCACGGACAACGGAGCUGUCUCAGAGGCAUUCGCAGUGACCAAUGGAGUGAAGCAAGGCUGCGUACUGGCAUCAACCCUCUUCAGUCUUAUGUUCUCUGCCAUGCUGAUGGACCUGUUCUCCGCCGCCUGCGAGAACUUCGGUCUGGUCAUCAACACACAGAAGACGGUGGUGAUGCACCAACCGCCACCCAACUCGGCCACAGCCCCCAACGCGCCGCCGCAAAUCAGCGUGAAUGGGACCCAACUGCAAGUGGUGGAGAACUUCCCAUACCUGGGCAGUACUCUCUCCCGCAACACCAAGAUCGACGACGAAGUCGCCAACAGGAUCUCGAAAGCCAGUCAAGCCUUCGGUCGCCUCCAAAGCACAGUUUGGAAUCGCCACGGUCUUCAACUGAGCACGAAGCUGAAGAUGUACAAGGCCGUCAUCCUGCCGAUGCUACUGUAUGGAGCGGAGACUUGGACGGUGUACGCAAAGCAGGCACGUCGUCUGAACCACUUCCACCUCAGUUGUCUUCGUCGCAUCCUGAGGCUGAACUGGCAGGAUCGAAUCCCCGACACUGAUGUGCUGGAACGGACGGGAAUCCUCAGCAUCUACGCCAUUCUGAGGCAAAUUCAGCUGCGCUGGAGCGGCCACCUUGUGCGCAUGGACGACGAGCGACUACCCAAACGACUCUUCUACGGAGACGUCGCGACGGGUUCUCGCCGUCAAGGAGGCCCAAUUCGUCGAUACAAGGAUACCCUGAAGUCCUCCCUGAAAUGCCUGCAAAUCAACCCCACCAACUGGGAGGAGCUCGCACUCGAUCGACCGACCUGGAGGAGAACAGUGAAGACAGGCGCUGCGAUCUACGAAGCCAACCGCAUCGCUGCCGACAAAGCGAAACGUGAAGCCCGCAAAUCACAACUUCGCCCAGUAAGCAACGCCGCCGCACAACCCCUUCCAACGUGUCCUCGGUGUCAACGGACAUUCCGGGCUCGAAUCGGACUUGUUGGACAUCUUCGGAUUAACUGCGCCUCUCGAACGGCACCAACCAUCGUCCCCCCGCCUGCCUCUUCCUCCUCCUCCUCUCCGCCGCCAACGAACCCUGACAAUUCUUCUGACCCACCACUUCCAUCAUUCUCCUCCUCCUCCUCGCCCCCUGCUCCAACGGCGGCCGCUCAGGCGACUGUCCCACGCACAGCAACCGACACUACCACCACCUCCCCCGACUCCAGGGAUGAGGAUCAGGACUACACCUGCCCUCACUGCGACCGUACCUUCACCUCACACAUCGGCCUGGUCGGUCACUUGCGAAUCCAUCGCACAGAGACUGGCGAACCAGUGCGCGAAGCACCAAUCUACACCCACCGUACUCGCCUCCACUGCCCACACUGCCCUCGCAUCUUCAGGCAUCGCAUGGGCCUUUUCGGCCACAUGCGCAUCCACGAGAGCGGUCUUGCCCGCACUCCCGACACACCCACCACAUCCAACACAUCCACCGUGCAAACCCCCACUCUCGUUCCAUCCGUCCGCGACACCACCACCACCACCACCACCGCCUCCUCUGUAGCUGACACUGACACCGUAGACUUCUCAUGCCCACACUGUCCACGCACAUUCACCUCACGCAUCGGCCUGGUCGGUCACUUGCGAAUCCAUCGCACAGGGACUGGCGAACCAGUGCCUGGAGCACCCACCUAUACCCACCAAACUCGUCUCAACUGCCCACACCCUCCUCGCACUUUCAGGCAUCGCAUGAGCCUAUUCGGCCACAUGCGCAUCCACGACGACCUGCGGUAG